AUGAACACCUCUCACUUCCUGGCCUUGCUCUUCCCAGGAUCUUCACAGGGUGAAAACAGGAGCAAACUCAAUGGAGUUCUAUAUAACUUCUCUGACCACUGCCAGGAUUCUGUGAACCCAAUGGCUUUCAUCAUCACCUUCUACAGCAUUGAGACCAUUGUGGGGGUCCUAGGAAAUCUUUGCCUGAUAUGUGUGACCCUGAAGCAAAAGGAGAAGAACAAUGUUACCAACCUUCUUAUUGCCAAUCUGGCCUUCUCUGACUUCCUCAUGUGCCUCAUCUGCCAGCCACUCACAGUCAUCUACACCAUCAUGGACUACUGGAUCUUUGGCAAGGUCCUUUGCAAGAUGUCAGCCUUUAUCCAGUGUAUGUCAGUGACAGUCUCCAUCCUCUCACUUGUCCUUGUGGCCCUGGAGAGGCAUCAGCUCAUUAUCAACCCAACAGGCUGGAAGCCCAGCAUCUCCCAGGCCUACAUGGGAAUUGUGGCCAUCUGGCUCAUUGCCUGCUUUCUUUCCCUGCCCUUUCUGACUAACAGUAUCCUGGAGAACGUCUUCCACAACAACCACUCCAAGGCUCUGGAUUUUCUGGUGGACAAGGUGGUCUGUACUGAGUCCUGGCCCCUGUACCACCAUCGCAUUAUCUAUACCACCUUCUUGCUUCUCUUCCAGUACUGCAUCCCUCUGGGAUUUAUUCUGAUCUGCUAUGUGCGCAUCUACCAGCGCCUGCGGAGGCAGGGGCGUGUGUUCCGCAAGGGCACCUACAGCUGGCAAGCUGGGCAGAUGAAAAGGAUCAACUUGAUGCUUAUGGCAAUGGUGGCUGCCUUUGCAGUAUUCUGGCUGCCCUUCCAUGUAUUCAAUACCCUGGAGGACUGGCAUCAUGAAGUCAUCCCUGUCUGCCACAGCAACCUCAUCUUCUUGGUGUGCCACCUGAUUGCUAUGGCCUCUACCUGUGUCAACCCAUUCAUUUAUGGCUUUCUUAAUACCAACUUCAAGAAGGAGGUCAAGGCCCUGGUGCUGACCUGCCAACAGAAUUCCCCUUUAGAGGAGUCUGAGAAUCUGCCCUUGUCCACAGUACACACAGAAGUCUCCAAAGUGUCUCUGAGGCUAAGUGGCAGGUCCAUCCCCAUUUAA